AUGGCUGACGAUCUCUGCUUCUUCUUCUCCAAGGAAUCUUUUAUUAUAAAGGCUCCUAAGAAGUCACCAUUGGCAUUAAGGAUGGUUGUUUUGGUGUUUGCAAUGGUAUGCGGUGUGUAUAUAUGCUCAAUUUGUAUUAAGCAAAUUGGCAUUCGAACGAAUCCUGGAUUUUUGAAUGUUGAAGUGAUUGAAAGGCCGUGUCUGGAACCUAAUAUUGAACCUUGGGAAAUCUCUUAUGUGCACUACCCGAAACCAAUAACUUAUAGCAGGGCUGAAUGCAAGUGCAAUCCGGUGAGGUACUUUGCUAUUCUGUCGAUGCAGAGAUCUGGGAGUGGAUGGUUUGAGACAUUGUUAAACAACCAUACUAACAUAAGCUCAAAUGGAGAGAUUUUCUCUGUUAAAGUUAGGCGGAGUAAUGUUUCAACGAUUACAGAGACCUUGGAUAAAAUUUAUAAUCUGGAUUGGUUAAGUAGUGCUUCUAAGAAUGAGUGUACUGCUGCAGUUGGAUUGAAGUGGAUGCUUAAUCAGGGUGCGAUGCAGCAUCAUGAAGAAAUAGUGGAGUACUUCAAAACCAAGGGUGUUUCAGCUAUAUUUCUCUUCAGGAGAAAUCUGUUACGCAGGAUGAUUUCGAUACUUGCAAAUUCUUAUGAUCGAGAUGUGAAGCCAUUAAAUGGAACCCAUAAAUCUCAUGUUCAUUCGCCUCGUGAGGCAGAGAUACUAGCUAAAUACAAGCCUUUGAUCAAUACAACAUUGCUGAUACCUAAUCUGAAGCAAGUAGAAGACACAACUGCCAAAGCCUUAGAGUACUUCAACAGUACGAGGCACAUCAUUCUUUAUUAUGAGGAUGUCGUCAAGAACCGCACAAAAUUAUUAGAUGUUCAAGAUUUUCUGAAGGUUCCACAAAGAGAACUUAAGAGUCGUCAAGUAAAGAUACACAAAGGAUCCCUAUCUAACUAUGUUGAGAACUGGGACGAAGUCCAAAAGUCUCUGAAAGGAACACACUAUGAAAACUUCCUGAGUGGAGACUACCGGAAGUAA